AUAUUUUGAAAGAUGUACGACCUUCUUCAGAUCGACGAGAACAACUCACCGACGAUCACGCAGUUUCUUCCAGACAAAGAAUAAUUAUAGUUGAAUUACCGUUCUGAAUAUUUAAAGAAGAUUUCCGGAUCAGAGUGCAAAAUCUUUAGAAACUCUCAAGAUGUCCACGAGCCAAUUGAACGUGAUUGUCAGCCUAAUAAUCCCCCUAAUGUUGUUUGUACUGGAGGCCAACGCACAACAACCACGACGUUAUUGUGGGAAAGAACUCUCGGAUGCACUGAAUCUAGUCUGUGGUGGGGUUUUUAAUACUCCUAAGCCUUAUAAUAGAGAUUAUCAGAGCAACGAUCCAAAUAAUAGUUUAGUUCAAGAAAAAGAGGCCGUUUGUGACCCCUCUCGGAAUAUGAGUGAGAAAACGUGCUAUCAACAAGAAAGAGGAUAUCAAGACACCAAAAAAAGCAAAGUCGCCAAGAAAGUAGGCGUCGCCGAUGAAUGCUGCAGUAAUAAAUGCACAUUACAGAACCUGUCCAUGUAUUGCGCGGAAAGGACUACAUAACUGUAGUCCUUAAGCACUUGUCCGGAAAUCAGUAAUUCUUCGAACUUUGCUUUACCCCUCGAUCAUCAUGCAGCCGAAUAAACCCAGACAUAAGUGCAUAUAUCCAUAUACUCAUGCACACAUACAUUACAUAUUGUAUAAUAUACGUUCGGAAAGUUUACCAGUUGCAUCAUGACUCAUGCUGGGGACUGAUAAUAACGUUAUAAUUAUGUAUUAUAUUUACGUAAAUUUUUGCGAAGAAACUGAUUCUCUUGACGUAUGAUCGUAUGCGUGAUUCUUUUGUUCGCGAUCUCCUUCCGAAAGACGAAAAGGCAGCCAAGAGAAGGCAAAACUUAAAAAAAUGAAAGAAAUGUAAUCUUAAAAAAAUGAGAUAUAAAAACAUCAGAAUU